AUGCGCGCACACACUCUAAUUGCUGCCGUUUUCGUGACCGUGGCGUCCACGCAUGGCUCCCACGGCUCCCACGGCGGUGAUGCCCACGGGGGCUCCUACGGCGCGGAGGCGCGGACCGACUACCCGAACUGGAUGACGCGACACAUGGCCGAGGAACACGGCAUGGAUACGUUCGACUCGCUGUCCUUCUUCACCCUCCACGACUUCGACAGCGACGGCGUGUGGGAGCGGGAGGAGAUGCAGCGCAUGUACGGCCUCAUGGACCCCAGCAACCGCGACGUCAGCUAUGAACGUCGCGAGGCGGCGUACCGCGAGCUGCUCGACCUGCUCGACACAAACGCCGACGGGCUCGUCUCCCGCGACGAGUUCGCCGCCUUCAUCAUCGGCGGCCAGACGCUGCCGGACCUCGGCUUCGGCCCGGGCCAUCACGGCGACGACGAGUACGAGUACGAGGUGCAUCACUGGAACAAGUACCACAACGAGGACACGACGCUCGAGGACUUGACGCACCCGGAGGACAUUGAGCACUUUAAGAAGCACGAGGAGCUCGAGGAUGCCGCGGAAAAGCAAAAGGCCAUGGAUAAGCUGUCGAUUAUCGAAGCAAACAUCCCCGCCAAGUUUUUGCGCGUGCAGCAAUAA